UUUGCCUUUUCCCUACGGGGAAGAAUAAAAAAAAAAAAUCAGAUGUCAUAACAAAUGGAAAUCGGAAAAUCGUGGAUUUAAGAUUAUUUCCUUUAAUAUGAUUAAAAAUGACAAACAUAUUCUCAAUAUCCGAUAUUCCUGAGUUCUCGAAGAAAGAUCGUAUUGUGGUUGUCGGUGUAAUCGGAAAAUCGCCGUACCGGUACCCCAACAAAACAUCCCCGCUCUUGCCGGCUGUUCAUUGUGAAGAAAACGGAAUAGAAUGCCACUGGGAUGAAAGAAAGAGCAUCCUCUAUCUCCAUGCAGUCACAUAUCUAGAUACCAAGAGGCUGGUAUCCCUGGCAUCAGAACUAGAUGAAGACUCAAAGAGUACAGUCAAAGAUGCAGAUGCAGCACACUGGCUGGUGGCUUCUGGAGAGCUAGCAAUGGAGUCAUGCAGAGCUAUAGCAUUGAUCUUCCACCUCUGUCACAUUGUGGUGCUGUCGUCGCCAACUCCUGUGUUUGAUCUAGGAUACUUGCAGUUAUUUAAGGCUGUUGAUGGAUAUCGGGCUGAACUUAUCGCAGCAACCACGGAGGCUCUGCUACGCAGCGCAGCUGGAGGGGCAUGGGACACCCACGGGCGGCCAUGUUGCCCACGUUUGCUUUUCCAUUUCCGGCGCGCGCCCGCUCCACUACGGCGUGCCCCCGCUGCGCUGAAAAGGCUUGAGCACUCUGUAGAGGACCAGAUCUAUUUCAUACUGAGGAAGGCCAGAAUUAUCACUAAUGUUUGUGCAAAAUCCCUCUUUGCAAUUCCCAAAAACGAGGAAUUCGUAUACAUGAGUUCCGAUGCGGACACAGGCAAUGCUCGCGACGUUAGCUCCCUCAUCAGAGGGCUGGUUCACCUGUGUACAGGAACAGAGCCCGAUCCUGCACCUCAGAGGUCAUUCCGCCAGUUCCUCCAGAGUCACUUAGACCUGGCCUUUGGUGAGGGCUUUGAUGACAAUGUGGGGAAGUAUGCAAUGAGCACUUCUUUCUUUGAGCUACCGAGCGCAUCAUCUUGGCGCGCGGCGGCUCGGGCCCUCGCGCCGAUAUACCUGCAGUCGCCGCCUCCCGAGGCGCAAGAGGCCGGCGGGGCCCUGUUCGACGCGCUCGCGACUGACGUGCGAUUCUCACAAGCUAGGUGCGCCAAGGUGCUUCCCAUCGCACAAGCUUCGUACGCGGAAGGCUUGCCGGCUCACUAUUCCAGCCAACACCACGUGCACAAGGUGGGCGUGGCGCUGGGCGUGGUGGAGGCCAUGGCGCGCGGGCCGCUGGCGGGCGCGGCGCGCGCGCGCCUCACCGCGGCGUGCGCGGCCACGUGGCGCACGCGCACGCUGUGCGAGGCGCCGUCUCUCACCGGCCACCCGUGCACGCACCCGCACCACGAUAGCUCGAAGGAGCACUCGUCGGGCGUCCGCUACAUAAGCGCGUGCAACUGCGGCCGAACCAAAUGUUCGCGCGAGGACCCCUACACCGUCAAACAGGCGAACUACACCUUCUACACUUAUGCAGCGGAGGAGUGCGGAGUCUGCAACACUUUGCAGAGCAUCGAGUUUCCUAUCUUCCAACCCUCAACCCCGAGUUUCAGAGCGGCAUCAGUAAAAGGUGCCGUGGAAGCCAACGCGCUAGCUGAGGACAAAGAAGUAGAGCAGGAGGAAGAGAGCGAGGCGCCCGCCCCUCCCUCGCCCACCUCCCCGCGCUCGUCGUGGUCGCCCCCCGACGAGCUGUCCCCCGGCUCCGCGGCCGACGAGGAGGAGGACGAGCCCGCGGCGUGCAGCGACGCCGGGAUCGAGCUCGUCACCGUGCAGGAGCCCAGCGCGCCCGCUCAAUGGGUCGUUCACGGCAGAGAAAGCGAUCAGCCGGCAGCCGUCCACCACGGAGUACCUGCCCGGCAUGCCGCACGCGGGCAGCCCGGCGGGCCUGCUGCCCGCGUUCCCCAGCUGGGCGCUGCUGUGCCUGGGCGCGUCGUCGCUGUACUCGCACAGCGCGGGGCUGCCCGAGCACCUGCAGCCCGGCUUCCUGCCGCACACCAACUUCCUGCUGCCCUGGGACUGCGCCGUGCGCGCCGAGCCGCCCGCCGGCCGCGGCCGCGCGCGCGCCAAGCCCGCGCACUGCCUCACCGUCAAGAUCUUCAUCGGCUUCGAGUACGAGUGUCCGCGCGGCCACAGGUUCAUGAUGUCGUCGCCGGACAGCGUGGUGUCGGGCGGCGGCGCGUGGGGGCGCGAGACGGGCGCGGGGCUGGCGGCCGGCGCGCGCCUGGCCUCCAGCGCCAUGCCGCUGCAGGCGCCGUGCCUGUGCCGCGCGCACGUGCUGGCGCAGCUGGCGCGCCUGCACGUCGUCACGCCCAAGGCGUCCGUGCACGUCACGCUGGACCCCAAGGUGCAGCCGGCGCCCGGGCGGCCGGUGUUCACGCCGCUGGGCGGUGGCGCGGCGCCGAUCCGGCUGAGCGCGUCGGCCUACUGGGUGCUGCGGUUCCCGCUGGUGUUCGCGGACGAGCGCGGCUGCAUCCCGCGCGCGCGCUCGCACGCCACCGGCACCGUGCUGGCUCCCAUGUUCGGCCUGCAGGAGUGAGCGGGACACCCUGCACUCAACUGCAGCCGGCCAGUCGACGCUGCGGGCUGCGUGGCACAGACGCGACGAACGAGACUGCGCUCCCCCGUGCGGCGUCUCAACGGCAACGAUCUGACUCAUUCACCAAGUCUGGAGUGAUCGCUAAAUUGAUAGUCCCUCAAAUAAAACAGAAUCCAAAAGUAGACAGUAAUCUCCAAUGCAGUUGUAACUAAACCAACUGGGUCCUAUCAAGAUCUCUCCGUAAGAUUUCAUAAUUUCUCAAAUAAUAUUGGUUCAUGAUCAUCCAGAGGCUAAGACCCCAACCUUGUUUUCCCACAAUAACUCAAGACUUUUAGAGCGUCAGAAGCAAGACCAGAUUUCCUUAAAUGGCAUGAAAAUAAAAUCUAGAUAACCACUAGAUCCCAUUAUCAACAUCAUGUCUCCUUCACCUCAUCAUUCAAUACAUCAUAGCAUAUUCAACUUCAUCUCCCUACUCCAGGCAUUCAUUCGUAAUCUCCGUUAAACGGCACAGUGGAUUCACUAUGUAUCACUCCUUCCUCUUAGUACAGGAAGAAAUCUUUAUGGUACCAAUAUCUCUUAUUGAAAUAAUGGUAGUUGCGAGUCCCAACACACGCUGCGCAACGGUGGACUCCUACUCGAGCUCGGACUAGAAACAAGUCUAUUGUGUCUCAUCAAAAAGCAAGGGAGAAGCUUCUACAAAUCUCUCAUUCCACCCCCCCAUCUAUUAUAAGCACAGAAGGACAGAAGACAACAUAUCAAUGCCUGAUAUUGCGCCCACGGAAUCAUUGCUUGUUAAUAUUGUUGAAAUCUGCCGUCUGCUGUCUAUUCUUGGUAUUUUCGGAUUAUUAAAGUAAGCGCGCCACAAUGUUACACCUACAAUUUCCGCCACCUCAAAGUCAUUCUAUAUCAAUGCAAUGGAAAUACCCGAUUGGAAUGCAUUAAUUGUUCACCGCCUCAACCCAGGUUGCUGUAACGAUUGUCAAAGGAGAAGAGAUCUAAAGACGUAGAUCCUUACCAAAGGAUCGUACUGUAUCGCCCAAACAGGGGCUUUGAGUAUUGGUAAUAAUAUGUCUUCUAUUUAUUAUACUAUAUGUAUAAAUGAUUAAAAGAAAUUCAUAAAAUUA